AUGUACUUAAAUAAUCAUAAGGAAACCAACGCAAUCGUUUACAAAGCUUACCCUGAUAAAAGGUGGAGAUAUAGUACCAUGGAUCAAAACGGAAAUAUAAGUUAAACCUAUUAAAUAAUUGGCAUGGAGGAUUUAUCUCAAUCUUAUUAUAUACUCGAAAAUCAAUUGCUCUAUUUUUUUACAGAUUAAGCUUCUGAGUAUUAACUUAUUGAUUUGAAUCUCUUAACAAGUAAUAAAUAAGGUUAUUAUUCAAGUUAAAUAUUUUAACAUUCUAAGCGCUAUUGUUAUUAUCCAAUGAUAAGAAAAUAUGGGCCUCUAUACUAUUUUUUAUGUCUUGACUAUUAUGGAUUUUUUUGUCUCUAAGAUUCUUCAAUUUAAUAAUUGAAAACUUCAUAAAACUAUAUUAAAUUGUAACCAGUUUAUUAUUAAUAAACUUAUUUUUUGCUUGAUGGUUAUAUAGUCUAUAAAAAUAUUUUCUACACUACUCCUGAAUCAGCAGAUUAUAUUUUAAUUGAUUAAACCUUUGAUAUAUUUCUAUAAGAUAAAAAGCUUUGUAAAGCAAGGAUGAAUGGUUAAACAUUUAAUUGCUCUAAAACCUAUUACUUUGGAGUAAUUUAUUAUUAUUCCUCAAUUAUAUUAUCUAAAGUCUUUGAUGCAAAUGGGAUAAAUUUAAUAUUUGUAUUUGAUUACAACUAUGAUAAAUAUGUAUUUUUUGAUGCAUCAUCUUUAGAAGUUAUUAAAACAAAUAGCGACUCAUUAAAAUAAACUAAUAAUCCUAAAGAUAUUAUUUAGUAUUUAAAUUAUGUUUUUAUUUAAGGAUAUAUCUACUAAGUUACUUAUAAUCCUUCACUUUCAUAAGUUGAUAUUAAAUAAAUAUCUUCUCCUUCUGAUUACAAUAACUACUAGACUGUGAAUUAUCCUUUUAAAAAUUUUUAACUAGGAGAAACUAUAUUAUUGAUGAAAAACAAUGAAUUUUGGAUUUUAAACAUUAAGUCUCUUUUCCCUAGUAAUACUUCGAAAUGCCCCUAGAAUUGUUAUUCUUGCUAACCUUCAACCACAAACUUAUGCUUAUAUUGUAAUGAAGGAUAUGAUUUAAUUGACAAUGGCUAAUGCCAGUAAAGAACUUGUAUUUAAAACUGUAACUAAUGUAAGGAUUCAUAGACUUGUUAGCUCUGUAAAGUAGGUUAUCUACUUUAAUUUAAUAAUACUUGCAGUGAAAAGUGCCCUAUAUCAGCCUAAAUUGAUAAAAAUAAUUCAAAAUGUAUAUGCGACCAAAAUGCCAAUCUUAUUAGUGGAUAGUGCUAAUGCUACACAUAGUACUAUAUGAAUAUAAAUUAAUGCAAAUAAUGUAUUCCUAAUUGUGAUAAAUGUAUCGAUUAAACAAAAUGUACCUCUUGCUCAUUAGGUUUUUAUUUAUACGAAGACGGAUCCUGUAAUUUUUGUAAUACUUAAGGAGGAUAUUUUAUUAGUGAUAAUAUGUGUCUACCCUGCUAGAAAAAUUGCUUGAUUUGUUCUGAUAAAAACACUUGCACUCAGUUUAUCUAAUGUGGAGCUUAGUUUACUUAUGAUACUAUUUAACAAAAAUGUGUUUAAUGUUUAUGGGAUACUCAAAAAAAUUAAUGCGUUGAUAAAUGUAAAAAUAACCAAUUUAAUGACAAAAUAAAGAUGACUUGUAGUUAAUGUUAUUUUUAAAAUGAUGUUUGUAUUCAAUAAUGCCCUUAAGGAUAUUAUGCAGAUCUUAAUUUUCAAUGCUAGAUGUGCCAUAAAUCAUGCAUGGCUUGCAAUGGACCAAAUUAAAAUUAAUGUUUAAGAUGUUAAAAGUAAUACUUUUUAUUAGAUGAUCAGACUUGCUAAAUUUGCUAAUAUUAACAUUUCUUAGAUUCAGUAUCUAAUGAAUGCCAUAAAUGCCAUAACAGCUGCAAAAGUUGUACUGGCCCUUUACCUAAUAACUGCUUGUCAUGUAACAUUAAUUUUAUCUUCUACUAGAACACUAGUGAGUGUUUAACAGAAACAUAAAUUUAAAACUUGGAGAUAUAGAAACAAAAAUUAAUCUAUGCGAAUUGUGAUUUAAUUUAAAGCGAUUGCUCCAGUCUUUCUAAUCUAUCUGACUUUAUUUAAAAAUUAUUUUUAGGGUUAUUUAUAUUGACUUAAAUUUUAAUAUUUACAUACUUUUGUUUAUCAUCAUCGAAUUUAUUAGGAUGGUAUUAUAUACAAAUUGUUUAGCUGAUUGGUAACUUGGCUUUUAAUAAAAAUAUGAAUUUAUUAUGGUUAAAUAUAGGAUUUCUCAAAAAUGUACAGUCAUAUAAUCUAUUUAAUCUAAUUACCUAUAAUCCAUUCUAGAACUAAUUAGAUAUUUUGAUAAAUUUUAAUAAAUUUAGUUUAGGCAUUGCAAUUUCUGAUUUCUACAAAAACUUUAUUUAAAAUAGUUUUUACCAGUUGGCUGGAUUAGUUAUGAUAUUUCUUUUUAUUCUAUUGAGCUACAUACUAAAAAACUAGAUAAAAUUAAUAAAUAGAAUGCAUAAUUAUUUAGUAAUUAAUUCAAUUAUAAGAUACUUUAUGAUAACAUCAAAUAUACUCUUGCUUUCUUCUUUCAGUAUCAUAAAUCAAAAAAGUUUUACAGAGACAUUCAAUCUUUGUCUUUUAGCUUUAUUCGGAUCUAUUUACUUUUUAAUUCAAAUGUAUUGCUUAAUUUAGAUAAUAACCAAACCUACUCUUGAAGAAAACAUUUUUGUACUGCAAAUAGAUUUACAAAAAUUUUAAAAAUGUUAAUCACUAUUUUGGAUUGUAUUUGAACUAAGAAAAAUAAUUUGCACUCUAACAAUUAUUUUUUUGAGUGAAUUCUAAUUUAGCGGAGUGGUGAUGGCUUCUGCAAGUUUAUUUUACUUACUCUUUAUAAUUUUUUUUAAGCCAGUUCAAAAUAAAAGCUAUGAAUUUGCUAUCAUAUUUACUGAAAUUUUUUGCAUUGCGCUAUUCAGUAUAUUUAAUAUUAUCUCUAAUAGAAGCUAAUUCAACAUAAGUCCUUCUAUCGCUACUUACUGUACAAUAUGCUUUGUUGUUUUAGUUUUAGUUUUAAAGAUCUUAUUUAUAUUGCUAUUUUGCAAAGAAAUAUAUAUCUCUAUAAAAAAUUAUUUUACAAAUCGAAAUCUCAAGAGCAUAGAAUCAUUAUAGAACAGUUAAUUAUAAAUUUAAUAAUUUUAGAUUUUUAAUUCUAUUACAGAUAUUGAAAAAAUUCUAUCUGCAUAAUUAAAUAAUUCUAAAAUAAAUUGGUAAAAGUAAGUAAGAAAUAAAAAAUGA